AUGUCCAACGGCUACGGCAGCUCGAAGCGCGGCGGCGACGGAUACGGCAACUUCGGCAGGUCGACCGACGACUACGAUCCGUAUGGCGACAGCAACUACCGCGGCGAGCGCUACAACGCCCAGGCCGCCGCGCCGCAGAGCCUCCGCAACAUGCCCUCGCGGCCACGCGUCCAGGAGACGAGCGCCGAGCGGCAGAUUGCCCAGGUGCUGGACCACAUCAAGAGCGAGUGGCCGUCCAUGUGCCGGGAGGACUGCGUGCCCGUGCAGCUCGCGCUCCAGCUGCUGGACAACAGCUCCGUCGGCCGCGCGCACGACUAUCGCAAGUUCCAGACGACGCACAAGUACCUCCAGGAGUCGCUGAAGAACAUUGUGCAUGAGCACCACCAGGGCUUCAACAGCUCCAUCGGCACGUUUCACAAGAUUCAGAGCAGCAUCCAGGUCUCGCAGAAGCGGGUCCGCGCCCUCAAAGAGUCUCUGGCGCAGGCCAAGACGAGCCUGUGCGCGACGGAUCCAGGGCUGAAGAUCCUCUCCGAGGAAUCCAAGGAGUACGACGAGCUCUUGCAGACGCUGAACGAACUGGACGACCUUCGGGCUGUGCCUGACCAACUGGAGGCCCGGAUAUCCGAGAAGCGGUUCCUCACGGCCGUCGACGUGCUGCAGACGGCCUUGCGGAAACUGAGGAAGCCUGAGCUAGAUAACAUCGGUGCCCUUAGCGAUCUGCGAAGCUAUCUUGCCAACCAGGAGACUGUUCUGAUGGAUAUCCUGGUCGAAGAGCUGCACGAACACCUCUACCUCAAGUCGCCGUACUGCCAGCAAAGGUGGUCAAGUCUGGCCAAGAACCGAGGCGGGCUCAACGAGAGCAACCACAACGGCGCAAAUCCACCCGUCACCCCAUUCUACUUGAUAUUAGACUCGAUGGACUUUGAGAGGCCGGUACUGGAGGAUCCUAUGAAGAAUCCAGAGGCAGACACGUUCUACUACGUGACCCUGCUAGUAGAGGCGUUGAACAAGCUCGGCAGGUUGCAAAAUGCUGUAGAAACUCUGAAGCAAAGGCUGCCGGUGGAGCUGUUUGGUGUCGUCAAUGAGACCAUUAACGAGGUUGAACAGCGACACCCAACCUCGUUCCGCUCCGCCGUGGGCAAACUGGAUGGUGUGCAGAUAUACAGUGCCAGAGAGCUUCAGAUGCGAGCAGAUGUCAUUUACGAUCUCCUCUGGACGCUCUACGGCAAAUUUGAGGCUAUUGGAGAAGGACAGCGUGUCUUCCACGAGUCCAUCAAGGCUCUGAUACGCCGUGAGGGCUCUGGCAAUAACAUUGCCCUGCUCGGCAGCUUCAAGGAGCUAUGGCACCUUUACCAGAACGAGAUUCGCUCCCUUUUGCACAACUACGUAACGACGGAUGCCGACGUUUACCAGUUCGAUUCCCCUACUCCAGGAGCAGGCGCUGGUGGAAAAGACGGCAUGCGAGAGCACCUGUUCAAGUUCUCGGAGACCGACACCAAGUCCACGGAGGUGACUGCGGAGUUUGAUGCGCUGGAGAGUAUCAUUCAAGCUACGGUUCCCGGCUUGACGAGCGGUUCCCGAAAGCAAGGCUCCGAGAACAAGAGAAACAGGUCGACGGCUGAUGAACUCGGCUCCCGCCGAAGUGCCGGCUACGGUGUGAAUCGACAGGCGCAGGGCUCUUACAAGUCACUUGUCGAGCCGAGCGUUUUCAACAUGAGUCUUCUCCUCCCACCUACACUCAUCUUCCUGCAGCGGCUAAAGACCAUUGUUCCCCCUGGUUCUGAUCUCGCCACGAGCACCCUUACCACAUUCCUCGACAAUUUCCUGGUCAAUGUCUUCCAGCCGCAACUGGACGAAACGCUGGGUAAACUGUGUGAUGCCGUCUUUGGCGAAGCCGACUCCUUCUUACAGGAUCCUGACUGGAACCACUGCUCUCAGCGGCCCAUAUUCAAGGGCGCUACCGCCUUCUUCCAGGUUGUCACGGCAUUCUGCCGAAUGCUGGGAACCAUUCCUCCGGACCAGGCUCUGAGCUCUCUUAUUGUAACGCAGAUGAUGCGCUACUACGAUCGCUGCUUCAGCUGGUUCCAAUCACUCGUGACUAAGAGGCACGACCAGCCAGCCGACUCGACCAAUCUGCGGGCGUCUGCGCGCUUUUCAGUUCAAUCUAGCGAGGUAAACGAGGUAGCGCAGAAGCUUUGGGCUUCGGAGGAGUUGGACAGCGCAUUGAUGAGGAGAGAGGUGCAGCUCCUAAUCCAGAAGACGAACAGCCAGCGGCUCGAGGCAAACGACGUGAUCCAGGACCGAGACACAAUCUCCGCAUUGUGCCUCUUAUACACCAGCAUGAGGUGGCUGGCUGCGAAGAUCCAGAGCUUGAAGUACAUAACAGCGCAUGACACGGAUUCAUCACGGCAGCACCUCCCACGCCAGUCAAGCCAACGGUGGACGUUGAACGAUUUGAGUAAGACUUCAGGACAGAAUUCAGUACAGCUUCCACUUACGGCAGAGACGGCUCAAACAUUUGACACGAUUGUGUCGUCCUUUGAAGAGCUGGCUGCCACGGCGCUGCUCACCUUGCACAUGGAAGUGCGCUGCCGAGUCAUCUACUCGUUGCGCAACACCUUGUCACCAGAUUCGGCUCCGUACGUUCUGGAGCAGGAUGUGAGAGAGCCCGACCCGCUUAUCAUCAGCCUGAACCAGGAGCUGGUCCUCCUGGACGAGACCAUUGUGGAGUUUUUGAGAGAAAAGGAAAUCGUCUUUAUAAGAACCGGGCUAGGCAUUCUCAUCAACAACUUCCUGGUUCAAAAUGCCCGCUUGGCCUCUCCGAUGAACGACAAGGGGUGUCAUCGCAUGCAGCUCAACAUCCUCGUUCUCCAGCAGAACCUCAAGAACAUUGAGGACGGAGUCGACCUGGCCAAGGCAACGAGCUACUUCCAGCUCUUUGAGAGGGGCCCUGAGGCGAUUGUUGAAAAGGCGCGAGAGUACAAGGACAGGCAUGGCAUGGGCACGCUGGCGAUUGAUCUGAACAGCUUCUCGUACGAUGAGCUCCGGGCUCUGGUGGAGCUUUGCUACAGUGAGCAGUUGGCGAAUCCGGAGAGGGGCAUUACGGCGGCUGCGAGGAGGCAGAUGGAUAAUAAGUUUGCAAAGUUGAGCGAGUUUAAGUGGGAAUAA